CCAGUGCCAGCCAUCCCCCAACCCUUUCCUGCUUCGUUCCGGGGUUUCGUCCUCACUCUCUUUCUCUCGCUCUCAAAUUAGGGUUUUUUGGCGAUAAGUGGAAGUAUGGAGACUAAUUCGUGGAGCCAAUUCUUGUCCAAGCGCCAUCAAUCCACGCUUCAAUCUCGAUUUGAUCUGUACUUAGGUUUUGAUGAAUUGGACGGAGGCGAUGAUGAAUCGAGGACGGAAUUCCUGUGCCCGUUCUGCAACGAGGAGUUCGAUAUCCUCGGACUGUGUUUCCAUAUUGAUGAUGACCAUCCAGUAGAGGCCAGGAACGGGAUCUGUCCUGUUUGUGCAGACAGGGUUGGUGUGGACUUGGUUGGGCACAUAACAAUGCAGCAUGCGAGCUACUUUAAGAUGCAACGUCGGAGGAGACUCCGUAAAGGUUCAACAGGGACCCACUCUAUACCUUCUCUGAUGAAGUCAGAAUACCGACAAGGAAAUCUGCAUUCCUUUCUUGGUGGCUCUUGCAGUGCACCUGUUUCUGCUAGUGCAGUACCAGAUCCGUUGUUGUCAUCAUUUAUUUUUACCAUGCCUGUAGCUGAUUCAUCGAAAGAUGUACUGGCUGAGUCUUUGGAUGAAUCAAGUGCGACCUAUAAAAGUUCAGAUGACAAUCUGGUUGAAAGGUGUGGAACUGUCUAUGUCUGAUCAAAAUCAGCAGGAGAAAGCUCAAAGGAGUGAAUUUGUGCGGGAGCUUGUUCUGUCAACGAUUUUUGAAGACAUUAUGAGCGCAUCCCUCUAAAGUUAUGUUGUUGGCGGCAUUGGUUAUUGUGAAAUCAUCAUCUCUCAUGGUAACCUUUUUAGUAAGGUUGUAUAUUUAGAAUAUUGUUGCUGAGUUAUAUAUAGACAAUAAUAUAUUAUGUUGUAUGGUUUUAAUUGUAGUGUACUCUGUCAUGAAGAUACUCUUAUGUCCUCUUUUCAUUUAAGGCACCUGUGCAUAUUUAGUCACCAAAAAAAAAAAAA